CGCGUGCGCGGCUUCCUGCGUCACUCGGCCGCGCCCAGGGUCCUCUCCGCGGCCCUCGGGUCCCUGCAGCGGCGGGGCCGUAGGUCGGCCGGGGCAGGUGUCCCUCUGCGCUCCCCAUGGAGGAGGCGGCCCGCACGGCUGCAGCUCCGGAUGUUCGCACCUCCCCCUGGACGGCGACGAAGGUGGUGGCGUCGCGAGCGCAGGAGGGAGAGGCCGGUGCGGCCUGUGUGGGUGUGUGACGCGCGGUGUCCGGGGCCAGGUCACCGAGGGGACGCGCGCGGCCGGCCCGGCGACUGUGGGGUGAGGCUGGAACCUCUCUGCCAGGGUUUAAGAUUGUAAAUGGGAAUACAGGGUAGCAAUUACAAGGAAAUGAGAGUACAUAAAUCAUCUCUAGCCUCUUCCAGCCCUUUUCUCAUAACAGAGAGCCUAUUAAACCUUCCAUGUCUGAAGACUGUCAUCCUGCCUCCAGUACCAGCAGUGUCCUCUCUCUGUGAUCAAUGUAAUUCACAGGAAUUCCUUAAGGAACAAACGAAAUGAACCAAGGCCGUGGAAAAUAUGACUUUUAUAUUGGUCUGGGAUUGGCUGUGAGCUCCAGUAUUUUCAUUGGAGGGAGUUUCAUUUUGAAAAAAAAAGGGCUUUUGCGACUUGCCAGAAAAGGCUCCAUGAGAGCAGGUCAAGGUGGCCAUGCAUAUCUUAAAGAAUGGUUGUGGUGGGCUGGACUGCUGUCAAUGGGUGCUGGGGAGCUGGCCAACUUCGCUGCUUAUGCAUUCGCACCAGCCACGCUGGUGACUCCGCUAGGAGCUCUCAGCGUUCUUGUAAGUGCCAUUCUUUCUUCAUACUUUCUAAAUGAAAGACUUAAUCUUCAUGGGAAGAUUGGAUGUUUGUUAAGUAUCCUGGGAUCUACCGUUAUGGUCAUUCAUGCUCCAAAAGAAGAGGAGAUUGAGACCCUGAAUGAAAUGUCUCACAAGCUAGGGGAUCCAGGUUUUGUGGUCUUUGCAACACUUGUGGUCAUUGUGUCCUUGAUAUUCAUCUUCGUGGUAGGACCUCGCCACGGACAGACAAACAUUCUUGUGUACAUAACAAUCUGCUCUGUCAUUGGAGCAUUUUCAGUGUCCUGUGUGAAGGGUCUGGGCAUUGCUAUCAAAGAGCUGUUGGCAGGACAGCCCGUGCUGCGGCAUCCUCUCGCCUGGAUCCUGCUGCUGAGCCUGAUUGUCUGUGUGAGCACACAGAUUAAUUACCUGAACAGGGCCCUGGACAUAUUCAACACUUCCAUCGUGACUCCAAUAUAUUAUGUAUUCUUUACAACCUCCGUCCUAACAUGCUCAGCUAUCCUCUUUAAGGAGUGGCAAGCUAUGCCUGUGGACGAUGUCAUUGGUACUCUGAGUGGCUUCUUUACAAUCAUUGUGGGGAUCUUCCUGUUGCAUGCCUUUAAAGACGUCAGCUUUAGUCUAGCAAGUUUGCCCGUGUCUUUUCGGAAAGAUGAAAAAGCAGUAAAUGGCAAUCUCUCUAAUAUGUAUGAAGUUCUUAAUAAUGAAGAAAGCUUAACCUGUGGAAUUGAACAACACACUGGCGAAAAUAUCUCCCGAAGAAAUGGAAACGUAGCGGCUUUUUAAGAAAGAUGUAAUUAAAGGCUAAUCUUUAAUUCUGUUGUAAAGUGAAUUUGAACAUCAGAAUGUGUCUCAGUAUGCAUUGUUCUCAAAUAAUGUUAUCUAAAGACAAUCUUUUUUUAAGGUUUCACUCAUUUGGACCAAGAAAUCGAUUUUCUUAAAUGAUGGUAGCUCACUAUAAUGACCUCAAAACUGACUGAUUUAUAUUAACAUUGUAGAGGUAUUUUACCUUUUAAUUCUUUCUCCAAAAUCUAAAUGCACUAAUGAGUGUUAAGUGUAUAAAAUGCUUUAUUUUUCCAUUAUUGGUGAAAAUCUGAAAAGUACAUGUCAUCCUAGCCCAUCAGUCCCUGGCUAUAUAAAUCUGUUUUUUAAAAAGAACAAA